UAAUCCCUUUUAUAUCCCUUUAUGAACAGCCCUGUAACUGAUUUUACUCUUCUCUGCAGAUAACCGAACUCCGAUAUCGAUCAAACACUCUCCAGAUAACAGAACUCGCCGAUAUCGAUCAAACACUGAGCAGAUGCAGGUAGCCGAAGAGGGUGGGCUCCAGUUCUACUGAGCAGAUGCAGGUGGGCGAAGAUGGUGGGUUGCAGGUGGGCGAAGAGGGUGAGUUGCAGGUGGGCGAAGAGGGUGGGUUCUGAGAACUGAAGAACUGAAGAGGUGGGUUUCUCAGACCUGAAGAGGGUGGGUUUCUGAUAACUGGAGAGAGACUGAUAACAGGAGAGAGGCUGCUAACUGGAGAGAGGCAACCUUGUAACUGAUUCUUCUCUCCAGAUAACCGAACUCACGGAGCCGAUAUCGAUCAAACACUGAGCAGAUGCAGGUAGGCGAAGAGGGUGGGCUUCUGAGAACUGGAGAACAUGUUGAGGUGCGGCUCGUUGAUGAAGGGCUGAGAGGAUCAUGGCACCAUGGAACAAUCUUGGGUUUCUCAGAAUCAACAUGGUCUUGGUCUGUUGAAUACACCCACCAUAAAAAUUUAGACAACACAAACUUAGUUGAUUUGAUACCAAUAACACCAACAAUCUUGGGUUCUUCGAACCAAUAUAGAGGAAGGAUCAGACCCCCACCACCUCCUGUCUCUCAUCAAAGUUUGGUUCAUGGCCUUUGUGUGGAUGUCCUGUUCAAUGAUGUUUGGUGGGAAGGUGUGGUUAUAGAGAAUGUAGGAGAAGAUGGGUCUCUUGAGGAAACAGUGUUUUUCCCUGAUGAAGGAGACGAGCAAAGAGAUUGUCUUAGCAAUAUACGUAUAACUCAGGAUUGGGAUGAAUUCUCGGGGCAGUGGCGGAUUAGAGGACACUGGCCAUUGAUAGGAGUAGUAGAGAAUCUCCAAAAAAAGGGGUUGUUUCUCCCUCUGAAACGCCUCUGGUAUGAAGUGAGGAUGAAGAGUGAGUUUAUGCAGAGGAUUUUAGAAUGGAACAGUGGGCAGAUUUCUUUGUGGGAAAAGCUCAUAAAUGGCACCAUUCGAGAAGCUCAAUUUGCACUGUUAUCUAAUUCUGAUUGUUUGGCUUCUGAUUUCAAUCGGGCUAAAUGGGCAGCGAGAGAGCAGACUGAGAAACAUAAUCGAAUCUCAGUGGAUGAUGAAGUCAUGGGGACCAAUGCCUAUUCAUCUUUGUUUUCAAAUGGAUCAAAUUCAAGAGUUUAUAAUCCCCAACUUGCAUUUAAAACUGACAUCAUGGAAGAAGGGACUCUGAACCUUUCAACUUCCAUCAACUGUUUUUCUGAUGAUGGGAUACUUGGUGGAUCAUCUACUGGGACAAGGGGAUCUGAUCUUGAAAUGGAAGAUCUCUCAUUGCCCACAAAUUCUCUCAAAAAUAUCAAUGACAUCAAUUUGAAAUCAAGGCCUUCUUAUGGGCGGGAAUCUUGGGUUCUCAUCGAUAAGCACAAACAUUUAAAGGCAGUGUACUGUCCCCAAGCUAUAACAGAUUAUCUUCUUGAAUUCAAGAAGAGGCGUCUCGAUAAUGAUGAUAAGGCAAAGACUAAUAAAGAAAUGGUAACGAAGGCAAUGGAGCAUCUCAAAGCGGUGGGGUGGCAUUUUCUCUACAAGCAGAAGAACGAGAGGUUUGAAACAAGGUAUAUUUCACCAAUUGGGAAGAGCUACAAUUCACUCUAUACUGCUUGUGCAGCAUUAGAGAGAGAAGGCAUAGACAAGAUGCCCUACACCAAUGGAAUCUGCAAAAAUGAUUCUUCUUUUACUAAGAAAUCUAUGGAGCAACUUGAUUCCGAUUGCAUAGUAUUGGGGAGAGAAGGUAUAAACAAGGUGCAUAGGAAUGUGGAAAAAUGCAAGAGAUAUUCUUCUCUCAUUAACAAAUCUGUGGAGAUGAGGGAAACUAUACUUGGAGAGAAGGGAGAUAGAGUACCUGGACAUGGCCUUGAGCAUAGAGAGUGUUAUAUGGUAAAUCCUGCUCCUCCAACUUCUUCACUUUCUGUUUGUACUGAGAGAGCCUCUUGUCGUGGGAGAGAAGGACAAGAUGUUAUGGCCUCUCAGGCUACUGCCCAAAAGGUGUACAACACUAGGGGAAUUCGCAAGAGGUACACUAUUGAACACGUCUCUUGUGACGAGAUAAAAAGACAUGAUCUUUUUGGGUCUCCGGUUAUUACGAGAAAGUUGCGGAGCAUUAGGAGAAGCUUCAAGAGGAACACUUGGCAUUCAUUGUUUACUAAAAUUGGUGAGAGAGACAUACAAGAUCUUUUGUCCUUUUCUACUACCAGAAAGGUGCGUAGCACUAGAGGAAGCAGCAAGAGGGAUAUUUCCUUUGCUAAUAAAUCUAUGGAGGCAUGGGACGGUAGAGUUGGUGAUGAGGAGAGAGAGGAAGUAACUGGGCAUGUCCUUGUUGAUAGAGAGGUUGAUGUAGUAAAGUUUUCUGCUUCACCAUCCUCUUUGCAUUCAUCUUGUACUGAGAGGGCUUCUCCUGGUGAGAGACAAGGACAAUAUCAAUUCGCCUUUAUGGCUGCCACCAUAGAAAAUAAAGGAGAAGAAAAUGAGGUUUCUGAUGUCUCACUUCAAUGUAAGAAUGGCUUGGGACUCUGCAAGACACCCAGGAAUGAGUUAUCUGUGUCUCAUACUCCCUCUAUUCAAACUGUUUUGUCUUGGAUGAUCAAUAACCGUUUGAUAUCACUAAAUGAAGAAUUAUAUUAUCAAUUGGACAGUGAGGAUGAUUCCCUUAUAAGAAAGGGGAAAGUACGUCCAGAAGGAAUUAUGUGUGACUGUUGCCACAAGAUCUAUACUAUUGCUGAUUUUGAGGCCCAUGUUAAGACCCCAUCAACCAAGAUUUCCUUAGUGAACGGAACAUCACUUUAUCAGUGCCAAAAGAAAAUGUUGGGUAGAAGUAUGCUAAAAGGCUUAAUACAAACAUCUUGUGAGAGAAAGAAGAGAGAAUAUGGCCAUUACAAGACUGAUAAGAUAUGCUCUGUCUGCCACCAUGGAGAAACUUUAGUGACAUGCCAUCGUUGCUCAUCUGCAUAUCAUUUGGAUUGCCUGGAUCAAAAGGAUUCGACUGGAGGAAAAUGGUUUUGCCCCUCUUGCUGUUGUGCCAAAUGUGGGAGGGGUGAAUUCAAUGAUGACAACAAUCACUUCACAGAGACUGCAGCUUUGUGCUGUGAGCAGUGCGAGCGUCAAUAUCAUGCUGGUUGCUGGAAUGAAAUGGGGCUCCUGAAAUUGCAAAUUUAUUCAGGGGGAAAUUGGUUUUGUAGCAUAAAUUGUUCCAAGAUUCAUGCACAGUUACGUGGCCUUCUAGGUAAACCGAAUUCAAUAGGUGCUCAAGGUCUAAGGUGGACUCUUCUUAGAGGAAGGAACAAUGACAGUAAUGAUCCCAAUCAAUCAGACACUGCAGAUAUGGCUGCAUAUCAUUGCAAACUAUGUGUCGCAUGUGAUGUACUUCAUGAAUGUUUUGUACCUAUCAUUGAUUCUCACACGAACGGAGAUCUUUUUGUGGACCUCCUUUCUAAUGAAAGGUCAGGACUAAAAUGGCUGGACUUUUGGGGUUUCUAUACCAUGAUUUUGGAAAGAGGGGAUGAAAUAAUAUCUGUGGCAACAAUCAGGAUUCAUGGAGAAAGCGUCGCAGAAAUGUCUUUGGUUGGAACAUGUGUUAAAUUUAGAAGACAAGGCAUGUGUCGAAUUCUUCUGGAUGAGCUUGAAAAGAUGCUUUCUGCACUUGGAGUGGAAGUUUUGACCCUGCCCUCAAUUCUCCAGCUAACAGAAAUGUGGAAGACUUGUUUUGGGUUCAAAGAGGUAGGCCAUUUGGAAAGAGCCAAGUUUUUAGGGUUCACCUUUCUGAAUUUCCAACAGACAACGAUGUGUUGGAAGAGCCUGAAGUAGGAACAAGACCUUGGUUUCUAUAUUAUUUUUUGAGCUCGUACGGCAUGCUUUAGCAAGAGCUCACAACACAUUUGCUUCCUUAGGCACAAGAGCCACUUAGGAAGAUUUUUUCUAUGAAAAAUUUCGGUAUCCAUUUUAGGAUACCAAAUAAUUAUUUUUUCCAAAAAACAGAGGAUUUUUGGUUUCCUAAGACACUUGGUCUAACUGUCCAAAAAUAGGACUCUCUGUUCAGUCUUAGGGCGUUAUUUUUUCAGGCACAUACAAAGUGUGCUUUGUUUUCUUUUACUGACUUCUUGAGGUUGUGGCUACCUUUAGGAGGUUGCAUUCCCAAAAUUUGGGGUCCUACAAAUACCCUUAGAUGGGGUUUUACUUGAGGGAGUGACUAGAGGAUAUGCUACUUUCGGGAAUAUAAUCUUGACUCUUUCUUUCUAUUUUAAAAACACAGUUUGUAUAUAAUUAAUGUUAUUAUCAUUGUUGCAAGAUUUUUUGCUA